AUGGAAAUGAAUGAUGGUGAAUCCUUGGUUUUUCCACCAUCACCUAACCCUGCCGAGACACCAAACAUUCCUAGUUCGAAAGAACCAACUGAAGAACUAGAAGCAGAACCUGCCAUGGUUGAAACUGCUAGAAGUUCAGUUAACUCAGAAAAUGAGCCUAAUCCAACCAUGGAGUUCCCUUUUUCAUCCACCUAUGAUGAUAACUCGGAAUAUCCAAAACCCAUAAUCAUGAUUGUUCCUGCUGGGGAGGACAUCGUGAGUACCAUCCUCAACUAUGCUUGUGACCAAGAUGUCAGUAUCAUGGUGCAUCAUGCUUCAGGUCCUAUAUCUGAAGUUCACAUAAGCAACCCUUUGUCCCCUUCCAAUGAUUCUACCUUUCAAGGAAACAUGCACAUGUUUUUUCUCUCAGGUGUUUACACCAAAUGUCUCUCACCUUCACCACCCAAGAACGUUCCCUUUUCCUUCUUCAACAUUCAAUUCUUUAGGGAACACGUUCCUCAAGUCUAUGGUGGCCUUGUCGGAAACAAACUCAUUGCUGAACAACCUGUGCCGGUCACUGCUACUGUCUUUAAGGAGCAUGACUACUACGAGUACAAUGGUAGGGUGUCUCGUAUCACUGCUCCAAAUGUUCAACCUUCCAUUGUCAGUAAUGAUCCUAAUGCAACCACCACCGACGACAACAACACAGUUCAUCAGACUGGAUUUCUCACAGGAGAUUCAAUCUCAUCUGCAAUGGAUCCUUCUUCUCCUAUAGAUUUUAGUAACCUUUAUGAAAACAACCCAACCAAUCCUGGAGAUGAUUACUAG